AGUCAUUGGGAGCCGCGGCAGCAAUUCAGCGGGGCUCAGAGUUGACCGAGACGCUGAAUUAGCAACGAUAAGUUACCGCGCGCAUUUCCGAGAAUGCUCUUGAUUAUCGAAUACUAGGAAACACAUACAUCAACCCGCAUUUGACUAUUUCACUCAAGUCGGGCAAGGGCUUUGCAUUCCUAAGGCGCUCGCUGAGUCAGGAUGAGCGGCACAAAAAAGUCAGUGGAUGAGAUAUGGAAGGAGCUGAACGCGCCCAAAAAGACCACGCAGCGCACCGGGGUCGCGGGCCUGGCCGUGGGCUUGGGCGGCCUGCCCGGCAUCACCUCCAUCGUGCGGACCCUGCCCUCCGCCUCUUCCAUGCCUUCCACGGCGCCCGCAACAGCCUCCAGCACCUCGCACACAGCCCAUGGCGCCGCGAGCGUCAGCGGGCCGCACCAGGCCGCGGCGGUGCCUACCGGCGACGCCGCGGCCUACCUGGCCACGCUGCAGCGCACCAUCAACUGUCUUGCCGACCCAGAUCGCGGCCUCCGCCGCACCGCCGCCUCCACCCUGCAAGACAAGCUGUUCAAAGGGGACGCCGCCACGCCCGCCGCCACGCCCGCGCAGCUGCGGGCGCUGCUGGCGGAGCCGCCGGCGCCGCUGCUGCGGCCGCUGGUGGCGAUGAUGAGUGACAGUGUGGAGCGGUGUCGCGCCGUGGCCCUCACCGUGCUGCUGGACGGCGGCAAAGCCAUUGUGGAUGCCGCUCAGGAGCAGGGGACUGCAGGAGCGGCUGCAGGCGGGGCCGUCGGGGCCGGCGGCGUGGAGGCUCUGGCUGCGGUGCUUGCGGACGUGGUGCCGGAGAUGGCGCGGCGGUUCGGCGCACUGCCGGUGCAGGAGCCGGCGGAGGAGGUCCGGCUGCAGAUCAUCCAGCUGGCAGCGCUGCUGCUGGAGGCGGCGCCGCCGCCCGCCCUGACCCGCUUCGCGCCCGACCUGGCCGCGGUGCUGUGCCGCGGCCUGGAGGACGGCUUCCCGGACAUCAAGAAGGCCGCCUGCAGCUGCAUCGAGUCGGCCUGCCGGCGCCUGCCCUUCAGCGAGGCGCUGGAGGCGGCGGCGGAGCGGCUGCUCACCAGCCUGGCACCCAACCUGCAGCACCAGCACAGCCGCGUGCGGCUGGCGGCCAUACAGGCGCUGGACGCGCUGGUGGCUGCCGGCACGCCCAUGUCGCUGGUGGAGGGCGCCGUGGUGCCGGCGCUGAGGCCGGUGGGGCACGACCGCGCGCAGCAGGUGCGGGAGGCCGCCUUCACAGCCCUGGCCCGGUGGAUGGGGCACGACGCCCCGAGCACCUCGCCUGCAGCGGCAGCCGCAGCGGGCGAGGGAGACGGCGCAGGAGUGGGUGCGCAGGCGGCGCCGCGCGACGCGCGCGCCUACGUGCCGUCGCUGCUGCCGCUGCUGCUCAUCGGUGUGAGUGACCCGCAGCCGGGCACUGCGGAGCUGGCGCUGAGGCUGGUGGAGGGAGUGGGGGCGGCCUGGGCGGCGGCCGAGGAUGCCGCUUCCGCGUCGACGUCAGCCGAGGCGGGGGGCGCGGCGGCGGAGGAGCUGGCGUUGCGGGUGGCGGCGUGCAGCCUGGGGGCGCCGUACGGUGGCCGGCCGGGCGACGGCGCGCGGCGGAUGGUGCGGGCGCUGCUGACGGAGCAGCUGCCGCCGCUGGUGAAGGGGCUGAGCGAGUGGACGGCGGGUCUGCGGGUGGCGGCGGCGCGCGGGCUGCACACCAGCCUGGUGCUGGCGGAGGACGGCGCGGCGGCGCACCUGAAGCAGCUGCUGCCGGCGCUGUGCAGCGCCAUUGCGGACGAGGAGGUGGAGGUGGCCAGCCACGUCAUGGCGUGUGUGCACGUGGUGGGCGCGCACGUGAGCGCCGAGGACUGGCUGCCGCGCAUGCUGGAUGCCCUCUCCGCCACCACCUCCGCCGCCGCUGCGGCGUCAGGCAUCACGCCCGUCGCAGACGCUGCCACCACCGGCGCCAGCACCACCACUGCAGGGCCCAGCACCGGCGGCAUGUCCAUCACGCAGCGCACGCAGACGUUGGUGGUCCUGUCCGGGCUGCUGCACGCGGCGGGCCGCGCGCGGCGGCGGCUGCCGCCGCCGCUGCUGGCACGGCUGGCGGCGGCGCUGGCGGAGGAGCCGAUGUUGGCGGCGGCGGCGGAGCACGGCGCCGUACGGCAGCAGCUGCUGGCAGCUACCGUCAACACACUGUCCUGGGCGGGCGCCGCCGCCGGCGCCGCCGCUGACGUGGCGCUGCCGCUACACGUGGUGCUGCUGCAGCUGUACGGCAGCGAGCUGGCAGCGGCGGCGGCGGCGGUGCGGGCCGCGCCGGUGCCGUUCGUGGGCGGGCAGCGCGGCAGCGGCGCGGCGGCGGCGGCAGCCGCCGCCGCCGCAGUUGCGGCCAGCCCAUCUGCAGUCGCUGCGUUGGGCGCGAUGGGCACGCUGGCGGCGGCGUGCCGCGGCCGGGGCGGGACUGCCGGUAACGCAGACGCAGAAGCGGAUGCCAGCUCUGGCGCAGCCGUUCCCUCCACCUCGGGAGCUGCGGAGCUGGUGGACUUGCACCGGGGGUGGAUCCUAUCCGCCCUCCUGGACGGCCCAGCCACCACCACAGCCGCCGCCACGGCGCCAGACGGCCUGACGGCUGCAGGCGCGCUGCUGCUGCUGCCGGGCUGGCGCGCGCGGCCCGGCGACGCGACGUGGAUGUGUGUGCUGCGGGCGGCGCUGCACACGGCCUCGCCGGCGGCGGUGGCAGGUCUGGCGCCGGCGCUGGUGGCGGCGGUGGGGCCGCUGGUGGGCGACAAGGACCAGCCGGCGUCGCUGCGGCUGUCACUGCUGGAGCUGUUGGAUGGGCUACUGGAGGACGCGGAGCGGGGUCCCGCACUGGCGUCGGGGGCUGGCCUGGCGCUGAUCACGGACGCACUUAUGCCGCCGCUGGUGUGGCACGCCGGCAAGACCGCCGCCGCCGUGCGCUACGCCGCCGUCACAGCGCUCGCCACACUGCUCGGCCGCCGCCUGCCCGACCCGCAGCACGUGCUGCUCGCGGUGGAGCCGCCGGGCUCGGUGGCGGCGCUGCCGCCGGUGGCGCAGGCGGGCGCGGCGACGGCGGCGGCGGCGCCUCAGGGCCUGCUGCCGCUGCUGACGGCGUCGCUGGAUGAGGACUGGUACACGGACCUGAGGCUGGCGGCGUGCUACGUGGCGGAGCAGCUGCUGGAGGUGGCCGGCCCCGCGCUGUCGGACGCCUCCCGCCGCGCGCUGUACCCGGAGCUGCACAAGCGCCUGGACGACGCACACAACAGCGUGCGGGUGGCGGCGUGCGGCGCGCUGCGGGCCUUCGUGCGGGCGGCGGGCCCCGCGUACUGCGACACCAACAGCGGCUACCUGGUGGCUGGCGUCAUCAUUCACAUGGACGACUCUGACCCCGCAGUGCAGGAGGCGGCGUGUUCGGUGCUACUGGAGGCGGCGGCUAUGAAGCCGGGCGUGACGGGGGCCGAGGUGCGCAAGGUGCGCGACCGCUUCCGCUCCAAGCACUACUGCGACCGAGUGCUGGCGGCGUGCGGCGACAAGCAGCAGCAGUAGCGGCAGUAGCAGUAGCGGCGGAAGUAUUGGCUUGCCAGCAGUAGCAGCAGCAGAGGGGCGUGGAAGAGGCGGCAGCGACACGACUGUGUGGGGAUUCAACGUGUCACAGUGCGUGACUUUUUAUGUAUACUGAAGGAAGAAGGGGAAAGGGCGAGCGCAUUACGAGUGAUACUCUUAUUGCCAUUUCGGCCCUUCGGUGCCGGGGCCGAGCCUGUGAGUCCCGCAGUAUGCGGACGUCAAAGAGAUGCAUGUGGAGUGUCCACGUGGCACUGACCCCCGCUUCCACGCAACCCGUGGCAAGCUGACAAGCGGGAAUAAUGUGAAAGAGCUCACCUGCUCGUGAUGGAACAUGGCAAGGGGCAGGAAAGCGUAGUCCCGAUGUGUGUGGCUCCCACCCGUGCCCACAUAAAUGCGUAGCAAGAAGGGACAAGGCAUUGGUGCGUCGUUCGCGCGCUGUUACUGUACCGACGGUAGCUGGCAGGUUGUGUCGAUGUUUUGCUGACGCGCACCUGCUGGGAGAUCCCUCCCUCAUGCGUCCCCCUUGCUGACUUGACUCUCGCUCUGAUACGGUAUAGGCCAGGGUGCUGGGGCCUCGAUGUGGAAUGCCCCGUGGCGGGGGGUCAGCAUCGUCCACGUAGCGGAAGGGUUUGCAGGCUAUGCAGAAGACGACACGCACGUGAUGCUGCACAGCUGGAGUGCUGACUAAGAUGCAGUACUCUCCAAGUGCCAGAGGGUAGGGACGUGGCCCGCGGACACACGUAACACUCUU